AUGCCUUCGCUGUCGCGGAAGCAACCGCCUUCCCCUCACCGCCCGCCGCCGUCAGCGCAGCCGCCGCUGGCCGAACCGCAAUACCAUGGCCGCGCCUUUGACCCGUGGAACUCCGGGUCGACGGGGCAUCAGUGCGCCGAGUCGCGCGGGCCGACGGGCUGGCGCGAAUCACGAAAUGUGAAGCUGCAGAGUCAGUUCCGCGGCGGCCACUCGGGCGGCCAGCACCUGUCAGAUACCGCCAGCCCCGGCACCGAGCACUUCGACGAGAGGCACCGCGUGCUAGUGCCCCCGGAGCUGCGCGCCCGAGCCGCCAAUAGCGUCGCCGACAUGCUGCGCAAGCCGGGCACCAUGGCCAAGUUGCGCCAGUCUUCUUCUUCGCUGUCGUCGUCGUCAGCUGCGGGCCAAGGCCAGGACAAGGCUGCUGCUGCGGGUACGGCAGUGAGUGCGGGUGCGACUGCCGAGCAGCAGCCACGGGGCGAAGAGGAGAUAGAAGAUCAGCACGCCGAAGGACAAGGCAACGGCGAGGCGGGCACGGCUGCGGUCCGCCAGCGUGCCAUAUUCGACGGCCUCGUCAUCUACAUCAACGGCAGUACGCACCCGCUCAUCUCGGACCACAAACUCAAGCGCCUGCUUGCCGAGCACGGUGCCCGCACGUCGAUCCACCUCGGCCGCCGCCAGGUCACGCACGUCAUCCUCGGCAAGCCCUCGGGCCCUCGCGGCGGUGCCGGCGGCGCCCUGGCUGGCGGCAAGCUCGAAAAGGAGAUCCAUCGUGUCGGGGGAAACGGUAUCAAGUUCGUUGGUGUCGAGUGGGUUUUGGAGAGCAUCAAGGCCGGCACCCGUCAGCCCGAAGCCCGGUUCACCAAUCUCAAGAUCGCCGCCCGCGGCCAGCAGAGCGUCCUGCACGCCUUCUCGAAGGCGCCGCUAGGUGCCACAUGA